GACAGGAUCUGUUCCUGAUUUGAGUCGAAUAAUUCUGCUGCUGGUGAGUGAAGAACUUUCCACGAGGACCAGCCAUGUGUGGGUGAGAAAGCUCAUCGUUUCUGUGUGCUAAACUUUAGCUUUGUUUAGUGUUUUUGUCUUCAGGAACAAGACACAAGGGGAGGGGAAGGGAGAAGGGGUGGGGGAGCAAAUAUGUCGGCAAUGUCGCAACAAUGACUUUGUCAGCCUCUUUCUGUACCUUUUUGUGGAAAUGUGACCGCGUCGAUUUUCAUUUUAUGGAUUUGUUGUGGUGUCAAUAUGUAUUUAGCGAAACAAACAUAAUGAAGGACAAACCAUGGACAGGUUGUGAGUGGACCAGAACUUAACCUCUUCCCUUACUGGAGGGAAACACACGGACACGUGAGGAACCUACCUGAAUUCUUGGUUCGCCGUGCAAGGUUUGACCCCUGACUUUUAUCUCUUUGUGCUGCUGGUAAAAAGACAAGAGCAUCCAGAGAGCGUCUCUUAAGCAAAUAGAGACCCCCCUCCCAAAGGUGAGAGGGGGGGGGGAAGAUGGCAGCUCUUGCCAGUUCUCUCAUCAGACAAAAACGGGCAGUCAAGGAUGACCAAGCCAACCGGCCAAUAGCCAACAAACGCAAGCCUUGCCCCAAGAGCAACAAGUCCCUUUGCCAGAAACAAAUUCUUGUUCUCAUAUCAAAAGUACGGUUAUGUGGCGGCCGCAGAGGAAGAACAGAAAAAAGACCAGAGCCACAGCUAAAAGGCAUCGUCACCCGUCUGUACAGUCAGCACGGACACUACCUGCAGAUGCUGCCGGAUGGCACCAUGGACGGCACAAGGGACGAGAACAGCUGCUUCUCACAGUUCAACUUGAUUCCUGUGGGUCUGCGGAUAGUGGCCAUUCAGGGAGCGAAGAGUGGCUUCUACCUGGGCAUGAACAGCGAGGGAUACCUCUACACCUCCGAGAAUUUCAACCCAGAGUGCAAAUUCAAAGAGAGCGUGUUUGAGAACUACUACGUGACGUACUCCUCCAUGCUGUACCGCCAAAGCCAGUCUGGACGCUCGUGGUACAUCGGCAUCAACCGGGAUGGCAAAGUGAUGAAGGGCAACCGUGUGAAGAAGACCAAAGCGGCUGCACACUUCCUACCUAAAGUUAUCGAAGUGGCCAUGUACAAGGAACCUUCACUGCAUGAGCUUGUAGCGGAGCAGAGCCCUCCACGCAAAACUGUAAAGACUUCAGACUCCCCUUCUCACCAGAAUGGCAGGAAAGAAGCCCCUAGAGCUGAUGCUUCAUAGCACAGGGGGCUCACACAGGGA